CCGCGCUGGGGCUGCGCAGCGGGGACCUGCGCGACAGGUUUUGGCUUGUAAUUAAAGAGGAUGGACAUAUGGUCACUGGUCGGCAGGAGCCUCGGCUAGUGCUGAUUUCUGUAAGCUGUGACAAUGGCUACUUAACGCUCAAUGCACCAGAAAUGAAGGAGCUGCGUGUUCCUGUUGAACUUUCCAGGAAAAAUCAAGUGCAUAACUGCAGGAUCUUUGGAUUUGAUGUCCAAGGCAGAGACUGUGGAGAUGAGGCAGCUGAAUGGAUCACCACAUUCUUGACUACAGAGCCAUAUCGACUAGUGCACUUUGAGCCCUCUAUGAUGCCCAGAAAUUCAAAAGAUACCAUGCCUCGUUUCCGACCUACAGAUAAGAUUGCCUAUCCUGACUGCAGCCCAGUUAUGAUCAUCUCAGAAGCUUCAUUGGAAGAUCUAAAUACAAGACUGGAGAAAAAAGUUAAAAUCCAGAACUUCAGACCCAAUAUUCUUGUUACAGGUUGUAGUGCCUUUGAGGAGGAUUCCUGGGAUGAAAUCUGCAUUGGAAGUGUGGAAAUGAAAGGGACGGUGGGUUGCCCCAGGUGUAUUUUAACAACUAUUGAUCCAGAAACUGGGAUCAUGGACAGGAAAGAACCGCUGGAAACACUGAAAAGUUACCGUCUGUGUGAUCUAUCUGAACAAUACUUAUACAAAUCCAGUCCUCUCUUUGGCUGGUAUUUUGGUGUUGAUAAAACUGGAACAAUUCAAGUUGGAGACCCUGUCUACAAGAUGAUAAAAUGAUAGAAGAAGCAUUUUGAGUAGAAGAUACUUUCUUUACUCUUACUGGUUGGUAGAGAGUGGAAGAAAUUUGAAGUAGCCAAGGAAUGAGUCAACAAAGCAUGAAGCAGGUAGACUGCUUUGGAGUUUCGGUUCUUUACUUUUUUGUGUGGAUAUUAAAUUGAGAUUUUUUUUUUUAAUGUUCCUAGCUGACACCGUAAUAAACUGAUAAAUCAGGCUCUUAUAACUGAUUAAUUUAACCAUUUACCAGACUUGAGGGGGAAGGGGAGGAGUGUGUCCAGAAUAAUACGAACAUUAGUUUAUCCUCAGCAGUAUCUCUGACAAUAAUGCAUACAAGUCCCACUAUCAGUCACCGUAGAAAUGUAACGUUGUAACUGGAUUGUUAUGUUCAUUGCAGUGACUGGUGGCUGGGAGUGGAAUAACAAGCAUGUGUUGUUUUGGGCUUUUAUUUGGUUUGUUUUUUAUAUAUAGAUGCAUCAAAAUAAUCCAGUUGGUUGAAGAAAUUAUAGUACGUAUCACAGGACCUUAAAAUAUUCAAGGCUGAGAACUUUUGCAAUAUUCAGUGUUGUUGAGCAAAGACAAUGAGCUGACAGGUAAAAUAAAUUAGUUAAGUGUGUUCAAGGGAAGUUGUUCUUUCCUGUGUCAGAAAGUGGAAUAAAGAGAGCUGUAUAAUUGCUCCUUGCCAUAGGUAAAUGUUUAAAUUAUCCUAGCAUGACAUAUUAUAAGUAAUGCUGUGCUAGUCAUGUUAUAUUUAACUAUGUUAUUGUUAUUGACUGUAAUCAUUUGGGAAGUCAGUUAUGUUUUCAAGUAAAAAUGUUACAUCCAUACUCUUGCUUUUGAAAGAAAUGUCAAGAAGUUCAACUCUGAUUUAUACUCUGUAAAGAAAGCAUUUUGGGUUGAUUUUAGCUUAAUCCUAAAAAGCUCAUGCUUUUGAGCCUAAAGAACUGAAUGAAAUGUAAAUGCAUUAAAUUUACAGUACUUAAAUGUGGCCUUUCUGGAAGCUGAGGGCAUUUAAAUAUUUUAAUAGAAAUGUCUAACUUUGUUUAACUGAUGGAAAAAUUAGUUAUCUGAUUUGCACUAAAGUAGCUCAGGGAGCUUCACUGAAUAAAUGGGCUAAUCAGACAGCAUUAAAUGAUUUUCUAAAAGUAUUAACUUCAAACUGUAAAACACAUUUUAACUUUGGAAAUAAAUACAAAUCAAAACUAUAAA